AGGUUUGUCAAAUAAAUUUCUUCCACACUCAAUGUAUGAAUGGCAGGAUGGUUUUAUUAUAUAAUUAUCUAUAUUUGGAAAUAUUAGUACACGCACUCGAGCAACUAUCUUUCCGCUAUCUAUUUUAACUUUCCUUAUUUUUAUGCGGGGAUUCGACUAAAUUUCCUCCAGUCCUGGAUGAACAGGGCGCAGCAUCACGCUAUUCUCCUAUUUAUAGCACGUCAUUUGUUUUAAUUACUUGAAUUAUUCAAAAGUUCAUUCUAAGUUCGUCGUAAAAUCUGUUUUAAUUACUUAAAUUAUUUAAAAGAUCAUUCUAAGUUUGUCAUAAAAAAGUUCUCAUAUUUGGAUAUAUUAAUACAUUUGAGCAACAAACUUUCCUUGCUGUUCUAACUUUCCCUAUUUUUGUGUAGGGAUUCAACUAAAUUUCCUUGAGUUCCUGGGGAUCAAUUCUGCACCUUACACUAUGGUGAAAAUACUAAAAGUAGCUUUGUCUCCUUAAAAAAAAGAAAGAAAGAGACAGCUACUCACUUUAGUAUUUUCUCUACAGUGUAAGAUACAUUGUAGAAUUGACCCACUGAAUACAUUGUACAGAGCGCAGCACCGCGCUGGUUCUCCCACCACCGCCCAUGCGAGUCGCCAUGUUGCCAUGACUGGCUAAUUGCAGACGCCGCAGUGGUUCUCACAGCUUCUCGAGGAUGCGUCGUUGUUUGCGAGUGCGAGACAUGCGACGGCGAUCAUGUGAGUCAGACGAGACCGGUCGUCCUGCCGCGAGUGUGUUUUCGCUGCUUGGUCUCUGAAAUCUUUCCGGAAACGAUGUCGCAGUCAUCGCGCGCCUUUGUGCCGUGUCCUACCCGCCCGGAAACGCUAGACGACUGGAGACAAUAGGUCACGCGCGUCGUGCGAGCCAAUCAUCUCGCGGGAUCUGGCAACAACGCCAGGCAGCGCCGUCACUCGGCGCUGCGCAGCCAGUGAUGUUAGCUGUGCCGCUUUCUGGCGCAUGCGCACUGGAAUAGCAGUGAAUCCAGUAACGUAUAUAUGAUGUGGGAGAUGAACACUGACAGUUCUGGCGGGAUUUGGGAUAGCAGGAAGGUUAAGUGUGUGGGAUGAAAAUGUAGUAAUGAUGAAAAAGUAAUAUACAUGGUUGGCUUUCCAUUCCGAAAAGCAUCAAAGUAGGGUUUCUGCAGGACCUGUAUACAUCCUGUUUUGAUACAUUGCUGCUGUACUUGAACGCAUGCGCCAGACAGCGGCACAGUUAACAUCACUGAGCGCAGCGGCUAAACUAACUUGGGCACGCGAGUACCUGUUCCUCCACCAGUCGCUUGUCAACUGUGCGGUGUGGAGGUGGUGUCAAAGCAGGAAGAUUACUCCGAUUUUUCGAACAAAGAGCGCGUUCGUUGCACAAAAGAUCGGUCAUUGCGGCCGAGAAGACAACGGGCGCGGGCGAGCGUCUCGGCCGCGAAUGCAGCGGAGCAGCAGCCUUCUUGUUUUUCGAUUGAGGAUGGUCAGGAAGAAGGAGGUGGACGCGGACAUCGUUUUCUAAAGAAGAUGAAGAACACCAUUGGCCGGGGGUGUUAAAAUGGCGACAGGGCGCCUGGAAGGAGACACGUGAGAAAAAAGAAGAAAAAAAAGAAGAACUGCAGUGAAGCUUGUAGUAACUCCUAAUUACGAGAUUUCGCAUUGUGCAUUUUGAUUAAAAAAAAUGGAGAGAUCACAUAGAGAAAUCCUCAUUCGUUUGAGGGGCAAUAUAAUUGAUGAUUUGGAUGUAGAUAAUGACGUUAUACAAACCUUAAGAAAUGAAUACAUCCUAAGAGAAGAGGAUGUAAAACAUAUUUACACCGGAGCUACUAAAGAAGAGAGAGCGAUCUAUUUGUUAGAUCUACUACCACUAUGUGGCCCAAGCGCUUUCGAUGUCUUUCAUCUGUCGUUAAAACAUCACUAUGAAUGGCUUAGCGAUGAAAUAGAUAAAUUGUUAGGCAAUUAUGAAAUAGAAGCCAAUGGAGAGAUAGAUUAUUACGCUGGGCCUCCUAACAUUCCACCCCUUUCACCAUUGACGGUUACCAGAGAAGAGAAGGUUGAGCAGUUAAGGACAGCUUUACAACAGUUAACUUCCAGAGAAUACAUUGCGUUGCAUGGCAUGAAAGGAUUUGGAAAAUCAUGUCUAGUUGCCAGUACUCUCAAGGAUGUAAAAUUAGUGAAAGAUUUAUUUUCUAAUCAGGUCUACUGGAUUAAAUUUUCAUCCAACCGUUUAAUCGAUGAAGAAAUAUUAAUUCAAUUAAACACACUCUAUCAUAACGUGAGAAAUUUAGAAAUCGUACCAGAAUUGUUUACUCCAUUGAAACUGGAUGAUCUGAUUCAAUAUUUGGAACUGUACUUCAAUAAACAAGAUAAUUGCAACGCCUUAUUGAUCUUAGACGAUGUUUAUGAUAAAAAGAUUAUUAAGACUUUUGAUUUCAAGUGUAAAACUCUAGUUCUUACUGCUGACAUUGACGUUCUAGAGAGGAAAAGAUCUAAGAUAAUACAGAUGAACGACGGAUUUACAGAAGCAGAAACGCUAGGCUUAUUUGCCAAAGUAUUGGAAAUGGAUGUAAACAAACUGCCUAUAGAAGCAAAACAAAUACAUGAAGAAUGUAAAGGCAUGCCAUUACUCAUAGCCAUGUUUGCUGCGCAAUUUGAAGAAUUUAAAAUGGAUAUGCAAACACAUUCUAAAAGAUGGAAAUAUUACUUGAAAUCUUUGAGGAAAAAGGAUGCAACAACCAAAGUAAUGAGAGAAUUUCUAGAGAAGCAAGAAACUAUUUUUGAUAUAUGUAUUGAGCAACUAAAACCAGAUUUGAAAAAAUAUUACGAGAGCUUAGCUAUUUUUUGUGAAGAUGUUAACAUAACUCCGAAGACUCUAGAGAUUUUUUGGCAACGAGACAUAUUUCAAGUUGAAGAACUGAUGUUGGAUCUGUGCCAUAAAUCACUUGCAGCCAAAAAGUGGAACAAUGACUUAAAAACCUACAUUUACGGUGUGCAUGAUUUACUGUUAUGCCAUCUCAGGAAGAAACGAACGGAUAGCGAAUUGAUGCAGAUGCACGAGACAAUUGUUAAAAACUACCGUACAUAUUGCAACAAUGAUUUCUCAAAAUUGCCAAACGAUAAUUAUAUUUACUCGUAUAUUGGCUACCAUUUGGACCAAGCAAACUUGUUUAAAGAAUUUCAACCUCUUUAUACAAAUUUUGAUUUCAUUCAAGCUAAAUUAAUACAUGCGAGUGUGAAUGAUCUAUUGUUAGAUCUGAAAAAAUAUAGAAUACACAUUACGUAUGACAAAGAGGACUGUAUGGAAAAGGUCUCUGAUAUAGAAAGUUUUCUUCAAAUGCAAGCAAGCAUUAUAGUAGAACAUAAACGCAAGAAGUGCUUAGAUAUCAUUCAAAUUGCGAUGGAUCAUCCUUAUGAAGGCUAUAUCUCUCAGACUGCGAAAUAUCUGGCUAUGACAAAACCAGAAUACUUGUACUUAUCUCACAAGAAAAGCUUCCAAUAUUUUAAUAAGCCAGUGAUUGAAGAAAUGUCAGCGGACAUUUGCACGUCAUCUUUCACAGAUUAUCCCGAAUUGAUCUUGACUGGGAAUACGUCGGGUAAAAUAAUUCUGUGGGAUUUCGAAAGCAAGCAACAAAAAAUCUUUAACGGUCAUCGAAAAGGAUUUUGUAUCAAGAAAGUUCUUGUGUCUACGGCUGGUGAUUGUUUCAUAUCGUUAAGCGAUGCUGGUAUAAUCAAGUUAUUCCCUCUAUUCAAUGAGAAGAGUGAUAUUGAUUAUUCUAUAAACUUGGAUAGCCCACGACAAAGACAGAACUCAUGGUCCGGCUUUUUUGCAAAUUUGGAUGGUCAAGAUGACAGCUUAUUGGAAUUCUGCGUAGAAAAUGAGAAAAUACUAGAUAUGGCAUUUGGCCAUGAGGAUAAAUACAUUGCUGCAUGCACUGACAAAGCAACGAUUCAGCUAUGGGACCGAGAUGGCGAAGUGGUGUUUACUGUAAGAGAUUCCACACAUCAUUGCAUAUCGAAAAUAGCUUUUACGGCGAAUGGUUCCUUACUACAUAUAAUGGAUCAAUUAAACGGUGCUAUUGUGUUGUAUUCAAACUGUGGCAAUGACAAUACCACCAAUACCACCUAUCAAUAUAUUGCCUGUUAUAAUCUGCAGUUGAAAUCUGCAGCUAAAGAAGUCAUCUUCUUUCAUCAUAUACCCAACCAUAAGGAUUCGUUGAUUGUCGUUACCCAAAAAGAAGCUGUGCACGUAAAAUGGUGGUGGGGACAUGGUUGCGUGCGUAACUUUGCCAAACAGCCGAGAGGGUUUGUCGAUAAUGAUACGGUAACUUAUGUAUGCGCAACUAUUACACAUGAUGGUAAAUACAUAAUAAUGGCUGAUUCUGCGGGUUUUAUAAAUGUAUGGAACACCUAUUCUGGAUAUCAACCGAUUGCGACUUACAAAAGUCGUGUUACAUCUUUGGAUUCUUACUGGUUAAGUGACGAAGGCUAUCAUAUUAUUUGUGGAAACGGAAACAGCGUAUUAUACAAAUGGAAAUUCCCCGUACAAGAAUCAAAUGAUUUACCAAGGAAAUGUGUAUUUGACGCAAUUGUUGAAUCUUGUGACCAGAAGGACAUUGUAGUGAAAGAGAGCCCUUCAGACAAACUCAUAGUGUCAUGUGGAGAAGACACAGUAGAAGAACAUGAAUUUGUAGGAGGGAGAUUAUCAAGCUUACAAUUGUCCGCCGAUGGAAAACAGGCAGUUUAUGUCACAAACAAUAAUAACAUUCAACUAUUGGACAUAAUCACCGGAAGCGUUGAUCAUAUCUUAACAUUAGAAAAGCCAAUUCAAUUUGUAAAAAUCAUGAAUCUACGUAACUAUACCACAGUAUUAUGCAGAUGGAAGGACAAUAAUUUGAAGAUAUGGCAACGUAAUAGACCGAUAUUUGGAAUUGACACUAAAGCGGAACCCAUCAACGAUAUUCACAAGAUAGACGACAACUAUGUCGUAACAGUAACACAGAAAGGCGUAAUAGCAUUAUGGUAUAUUAGUAUACCUUGGGGCUUAAUAAGCGAAGUAGCUCUGCCUCCGUCUUCAUGUAUUUCGUUCAGCUGUUUAAGCCAUUGUAAAAAUUACUUGGCCAUUUUGAGUGAUUCACAAUUAACAUUAUUUUAUAUUAUCCACGAAUUCCUAACAGACGCGUUGAAUACAUCGUCGGCGCAAAUAAAAAUUGGAGAACAGCCCUGUUUUACGCAUUGUUUCGCCCAAAAAGUGACUUGUUGUGAUAUUUCAAAAAAUGAACAAUAUGUCGCUGUUGGCUUUGAAUCGGGACAAAUUUCUAUUAUCGAUAUACAGAAUCCGUCGGAGAUUUAUUGCCAAUUAUCUUUUCAUACUAAUCCCAUCACACAGUUGUAUUGGGCUCCAGCUGCUAUAAAUGUCCCGAUUUUAUUGUCAUUGACAAACGAUGAAUUAGUUUGGUGGAACAUUGCUUUAGCAAAGAACAACAUGAAAAACCGGAACAAUAUGAGAAGAAGUCGGAUGGGCCUUAGCCACAGUACAAGCACUCCCUCAUUCAAUACAAAUACAUUAUUGAAUUUACGAAUGUCUAACAGCCGAAGCAUAGAUACCGGUGUAUCAAACCUGCAAGACGUUGCGACAUCAAGCACGGCCGUCACGAAUACUAUUAGCAAUAUAAGUAGGUAUUGGAUAGAUAAAGUAGGCAAAAAUCGUGAAAUGCCAGAAUUACUAUUGGUUGUUGAAUCACCACCAAACCGGGAUGCAAAAGUAUGUAUCUCACCAGAUUUCAGUAAAUUUGUUAUGGUUGACAUGUACGGAUCUACUAAUACAUUUAAAUUGAUUGAGCCCGAAACAAUGAUGACAGGAAGUUAGUGGCUUGAUAUGUACAAUAAUAGUACAAUGGAUGCCAUUAAAAUGCGUGUAUCAGUGCACCAUUUUAAUGAAAUGUAUAUAUUAGGAGACAUGUUUUAGUAUAUUGCCACAUGUGCUCAAACUAAUGUUGAUGAAACGUACAUACUUAUAUCUAUUUAUAGUAAUAUCAUUUACUGCCAGUUGCAUUUAACAAAGAGUUAAAUCUAACUUACUGCUUACGUAAAGCCAAUUUUCAGAUAUACAUUUUUCUUACAAUUUUUAUAGAAAAAUUUUCUGCUAUAUAUAAGAACAAAAACAUAGUUACAAUAUAUUAUUAAAAAACAGCUGGAUUAUAUACAUAUGCAAUCUGUUGCACAAGAUUGUACGAGUAAUCUUUUGUUGCCUCGAAGCUUUUCAUGCAAUUUGAAUUGACAAUCAAUAAAUUUCAUGUAUAAUAUUUUAAUAAUAUUAUAGAAAAUUUAUCAUAAAUCGUUAGAGAAGCUGCCAUUUUUGGUCAGACUGAUUUUUAAUAGCCUACGUAUAGUAAUAUUUUCAUGUAAAUUUUCUGUACUUUUUCCAACUUAGUAAACUGCGCGCCGAUUGCGAACAUUUAAUAAAAAAUUCGUUGCUGUUUUGCUACUAAAAUCACUAUUAAAAAUACAAAGAUUUACCAGGCAAUAAUUGAUUAAUAAUGGAGACUGAUUUGAAGCGCUCGCACAUUCUUGUAUAACAGACUGUAUGUAUUUUGUGUGUAUUUUGUGCCAUUCAUAAAUCCUAUAUAAAUAUUUUAAGCUGCCAAACAUGUACAUUAUAAAUACAUUUGUAUUCUCUUGCAUUUACGAUUAAUCUACAAUGUGUUCUUUGCGUCUAGAAACAUUCGGUUUUAUAUAAACAAAUCGAAAAACGUUUCAACAAAUUCGUCGAUAACAUAAGACUGUACAUCGUAUAAUGUGCAAUUUAUCAACUUGCACAAAUUUUUGAAACGUAUUUAUUGGUUACAAAAUAGUAUGUUUCUAGACACAAAGAGUACAUCGUAGAUUAAGCUGACCGUUUAUAAAUGCUACAGCAUUUUUAACUUUUCUACUGGACAUAUAUAUCUUGCGAAAUGUUAAUCAAGUAUUAUGAUUAUUAAUACAUUUUUCGAAAUUGGAAUAAUUUUAUACGUACAUUAAUUGCAUUUAUUCUU